AUGAAGAAAAUGGCACUAAAUUCACACUGCCCGGAUAAUAGACGGGAGGAAAACACAGUAGAGAGUUUAGCUGAAGUUUUCCGAUGUUUCAUCUGUAUGGAGAAGUUGCGUGAUGCACGGCUGUGUCCUCAUUGUUCAAAGCUGUGCUGUUUCCCCUGUAUAAGGAGAUGGCUAACAGAGCAAAGAUCGCAGUGUCCUCACUGCAGAGCCUCCUUGCAUAUUCAUGAACUGGUGAACUGUCGUUGGGCCGAGGAAGUCACACAGCAGCUAGACACUCUUCAGCAUUCUACACCACUGGCCAGAGGAGAUAGAGACUCCAGUAGCUGGAAGGAAAUAUGCAGUGAACAUCAAGAGAAGCUGAGUGUUUUCUGCUGGACCUGUAAACAGUGCAUUUGUCAUCAGUGUGCCCUCUGGGGAGGAACACACUCAGGGCACACAUUCAAACCAUUGGAAGGAAUUUAUGAAGAACAUAAAUCUAAGAUAUCCUCAGAACUAAGCCAGCUCAAGUCCCGUCACAUUGAACUGAUCUGUCUGGUUCAAGAUGUGGAACGUAAUAUUGAGAGUGUAAAAAAUGCUAAAGAUGAGCGUGUGAGAGAAAUUCGGAAUGCAGUCGAAUUAAUGAUAGCAAGACUUGAGGCCCAGCUAAAGAGCAAACUUUUAACUCUUAUUGGUCAAAGAAAUCAGCUAACUCAAGAGGUCAGUGUAUGGGAGCUGGCAAUUGAAAAGGUGGAGUCAGAACUGAGAGAUUCUGGGAAGGCAGAGCUUGUAAUGAGAAGCAAAGACUUGCUGGAAUUAUUCAGGCAGGCUCAUCGUCAGUCAACUUCAUCAUUUGUGACAACACCAGUGCCCGCUGACUUCACAAG